AUGGACGCGAACACGCAGAGCUUCGAGGAAGUCGCGUGCAGCCUCGAGCCGCUCACGCAAGGCACGGACGCCGCGUUCCACGAGCACGGCGGUCCGUCGUCGUUCGAGCACCUCGCGGAGCUGGAGAUAGACCCGUUCGGGGAGCCGCCCGAGGAGAUCCUCCGCCAGAUCCGCGCGCAGAUGGAUCGCGCGCCGUCAGUCGCGAUGACGUCGCCCCCGCGAGCGCUCGAGUCGACGCCGCACAAGGUGCUCAUCGCCGCGCACGUGGGGUCGGACGUGCACCGCGCGUCGCCCGCGAACGCGGGGGAACGCGAGCGCCGCGCGGCGAACGCGUUCACGUCGACGCCGCGCAGCCCGUGCACGCCCGCGACGAUCGCGCGCGCGAGCUCGCAGCCGCCGGCGGAUAUCACUCCGCGCGGCGCUGAGGCUGCGGAGGUCAUGGGCGCGAUGCGGCACAACCCUCGGCCCAUGCGCUCGACGAGGAUGCGCCCGCCCGCCGCGACCGCCUCGACGGCGACGGACGAGAACGAGGCCCCGUCGCCGCGCGCGGUCCCGAAGCGCGGACCCGACGCGGCGCCGCCGCCGUCGACGCGUCCCGCUUCGAACGUUCCAGACGUUAUUCGGGGACCGCGAACGAAAACGAAACGCACGGCGCUCGCGACGGUGAAACGCGAGGGGGACAACGACGCGGUGAAAAAGUCGCCCAUCGCCGUCCCGACCGUGCCGCCGAAGAAGCGCGCGCAGAUGACGAAGACGACGAAGACGACCACGCCGCCGCCGGCGACGAAAGCGGUUGCGGCUCCGAAGAAACCGGUUGCGGCUCCGAAGAAACCGGUUGCGGCUCCGAAGAAACCGGUUGCUGCUCCGAAGAAACCGGCGGCUCCGUCGUCCGAGAAGAAGAAGCAGUACUCCAACGCGGUCAGCGACGCGGAGCUCGAACGCUUGAAGACCGAGAACCCGGUGAAGUACAACCGCAUCAUGGCCAACCGAAAGUCCGCGGCGGCCCACAAGGAGAGGAUGAAGAGAGCCCUGGAGGACACGACGAAGGCGUACGACGAUCUCAAUGCGAAGUACGAGAAAGCCAUCGCGGAGCUGACACGCCUGAAAGAGGAGGCUGUGCGCGCGAGCAAGAAGCAGAAGACGCGCUGA